ACAACUGUUCCUUACAAUAACAUGACAAUAUAUACAGCUGCCAUCCAAGGUAAUGAAACGCUGUUCAAUGCCACAACAUCUCCAGAUAACUUGACUCUGGACAAUCAAACUUCUACUGUAGACAACACAACGAUAUUCACAGCUGCUCCAAGUAAUGUACCAGGGAACAAUCAGACAAAUUACACAUUGAGUGUGCCUUACAAUGUCACAACAAACGCCCAAAAUGACACCAGUUACAGUCCUUCCCUCAGCCCCAACACGUCUGCAGUGACUAACUUCACCUUCAACUCAACUCCAGUCGAUGUCAACUCCAACCUCAGUCAAACAACCAAAGGACCUGGCUUCAAUCUGACAACAGGAAUACCAAUCAACCCAUCCCGAGAGCCCAAUGCUACAACUGCAACCACCGCAGCUACACAAACCACAACCACAAAUGGUUCCCUUACAGCCCAGACUAUUCAGAGCAGCAGCACCACCGCUGACGUUUGGCUGACUACUACAACAACUGCACCAGUCCAAACCACCAUGGCCACCAGCAAAACCACAACUCCUUCUGUGACCCAAGUGAUGACCACAGAAAGCCAGGAGGCAGAAGUGGGGCAACUACUGGAUCAAACACAGGAUGCUUCCCAGCUGAACUCCUCCCAGGUGGAGCAAGUGGUGGGGAAGCUGGAGAAGCUUCUAGAAGGUCCGACUGUGUCUCAGUCUGUGGGAGAGAAAGCCGUCAGUGUCAUCAGCAAUCUGAUGGAGGGCGACGCGACCGCCUUGUCUUCAUCUGCCAAUAGGCUGAUACGAACAGUGGACGAUCUGGGGUUUAAGCUGCUGUUCGCGGGUGAGAGUGUGAUCCUGGCGUCUGAUUCGCUCAGCCUGACAGUCAAGAAGGUGGAUGGGACUAAUUUCCCAGCAACAUCCAUCAACAUCAUCAACACUAAUGACGUUCAGCUCAAUACCCUGGGGGUGUCCCGGUCCAGGAGGUCAGACACUGCCCUGGGCUCUGUACUCCUGCCGUCGUCUCUCACCGAGGGGCUGAGUCCUGAGGAGCAGCAGCAGGCCAGCAGGGUCCAGUUCACCUUCUACACCACCUCCUCCCUCUUCCAGGACUCUGCAUUGGGAAACCAAACCAUUGUCAGUCCAGUCCUGGCCUCCAGCGUGGCAAACCUAUCAAUUAGCAACUUGAGAGAGAACAUUCAAUUCACCAUCCGCAACACCGAGCCUGUGCCUGCAAACUAUGUGGCCUCCUGUGUAUUUUGGGACUUCACUUUAAAUGGCGGCGGAGGAGGCUGGAACCCCGAUGGCUGCUUUGCUGUUAACGCCACGGAGGAAUACACAACCUGCAGCUGUAACCAUCUCACCUCCUUUGCAAUCCUACUGGACGUGUCCAGAGGAGUGCUAACCAACCGUCAGCACGCUCUCAUUCUCACGUACAUCACCUACAUCGGCUGUGGAAUCUCGGCCAUAUUUCUUGCUGUCACCUUACUGACCUACAUUUCCUUCCAAAAAUUGCUUCGGGACAUUCCCUCCAAGAUCCUGGUGCAGCUCUGCCUGUCCCUUCUCUUCCUCAACCUGAUCUUCCUCCUGGACAGCUGGUUGGCGCUCUACCCGGCUACUGGGCUGUGCAUCAGCACCGCCUUCUUUCUGCACUACUUCCUGCUGACUUCCUUCACCUGGGCGGGGCUCGAGGCGCUCCACAUGUACCUGAGCAUCGUCCAAGUGUUCACCCCUUACCUGAGCCGAUACAUGCUCAAGUUCUCACUGAUGGGCUGGGGCCUUCCUCUCAUCGUGGUGAUAAUUAUAAUAGCAGUCGACAAAGACAACUAUGGUCUGGUGACAUAUGGGAAAUACACAGACGGACCUUCAGAUGACUUCUGCUGGCUGCGUAAUGACAUAGCCUUCUACGUGGGUGUGGUGGCCUACUUCCUCCUGAUAUUUUCACUGAGCCUCCUGGUCUUCAUCGUCGUCUUGGUCCAGCUGUCCCGGAUCAAGAGGCAGAACCCGCAGAACCAGUCGCCUAACCGGGGAGUGAUGACCGACCUGCGCAGCAUCGCCGGCCUCAUCAUCCUGCUCGGCCUCACCUGGGGUUUCGCCCUGUUUGCCUGGGGACCGCUCUACCUGCCCUUCAUUUACCUCUUCUCCAUAUUCAACUCUCUUCAGGGUUUCUUCAUCUUCGUGUUUCACUGCGCUGUCAAGGAGAAUGUCCGCAGGCAGUGGAGAACUUACCUCUGCUGUGGGAGACUGCGAUUGGCUGAAAACUCAGAAUGGAGUCGGACAGCGACCCACAAUCGUAAGGUGCAGUCCGUUACCAUGGCAAACAGCUCUGUUCUCAACCCCGCCUCUCGAAGUUCCUCCAUCAUCAGCGAUGGCACCAAUAGCAGCGGCUCCGUGUUUGCAGACAGCGGAAUUUCUGACGGCUCCAACAGCGAUGUUAUUCUCAACGAGAUUCACAGACAUAAUGCUGUAUCGCAAGACGUGUCCUGAAAGCAGCAUCAGCACUGAUUCGUCUUAGUGGACUAUAACAAAUUCAGCGAGAAAGCUGAGAGGACCAUCGGAGAUUCUUGAUCUUCUCACAACUCAAGGGACCACAGACAGUCGCAAGUGUAGAUGUAGAGGGUUCCAAGAGUCUGGUCUGUUAGAGAAAACCCCCAAAAAUAACAAGAGAUGAGGUAAUCCUGAGGUGUUGGAGAAGACAGAAAAUGGUUUUAAGGUGAAGAAGACAGUGAGAAGAGGAUGGUCAAAGACGACUGAGACAGCCAGGGGCUCUUGUGUCACCUGGCUCUCCACCAAGGGUGACAGCGCUAAGAUCCGAUCGUACACUGAUCCUGUGCAAUCCGUGGAAGAUGUAACUCCAUACUGUGAUUGUAAUUUGACAGUAGAGUGUAAUUUAAAAGUCACAUGAUUGUGCAGCAGGUGUGUUUCUGACUGAAAAAGGACACAUCUGUGGUUGAAGCUGUGACUCAGUGACUGUGCAUUACUAUACUUCUUUGUUUCAGAGCUGUUAGUGUACGGCACACAUGAAAUAUGACAUUUACGUUGUUUUCAGUCCUUGAGAAAGGUUGCUGCAUUUUGAAGAUUAGCAGUUAUAUAUAUGUGAGUUAAACUACAAUUAUCCAACCUUAAA